UUUGCAAAUAUACACAAAACCAAAUGGAGACUGCUUUUGUUGUGGUUUGGUACAGACUUUUCAGCGAUUUCGCCGUACGAUUCCUUGCCGAAUGAAUGAAAAAUUCCACAAGCAUGGACAACAGAAUUCAGGCAGGAAUCCGUAUUGAAUUUUAGGAUUAACUAGUGGAUAGAUAAUUUUUAAAUUUUAGUUUUUCUCGCGUGGGUUGAAUUUAUUCGCGCAAGUGUACGCGUGUGCUAUUCGUCUCCGAAAGAGUCGCACUAAACAUGGCAGGCUUCCGAGCUCCAGCCUCGCCUCCUCCACCUGAUCUCUCGCAUCUAACCGAGGAAGAAAGACACAUCAUUCUUGAGGUUAUGAAUCGGCAGAAAUCAUUGGAAGCCCAGACGCAAGAGAUGCAGAAGAGUAUGUUGAAGGAGGUUGCUAGCUUCCAGAAUCAACUGGAAAAAAAGACAGAUAUGGAAGUCGUGAACCCCCAAGUUAAGCAAGAAAACGUUUGCGAGAUUUGCAAUAAGACGAAAUUUACGGAAGGAACCGGCAAAGAAUGCAAAUACUGUAAAUUAAAGUGUUGUGCACGGUGUGGAAUGGAGGUUACAAUUCCAGGAUCCAAACAGACUACGCCUGCUGCUACCGGGCCUGCUCAAGGAUUUUCUCUCUUUACCAACUUGAUUAAUGAGGUCAAGACUCUUGCUCUCGGUCCUGAGGUGCAGUGGUUGUGCUUGAUAUGCAAGAAGAAACAAGAAGUCUUGACAAAGACGGGAUCAUGGUUCGGCCCCAAAGAUAUUAAGGCGCUGGACGAUCCAUCCUCACAAUUUGGCAACGAUUUUAAGGCUAUUCCAUCAGAGGAGGACAAACGAGCCAUGCACUUGCAAAGCGCACUCCAUCGCAGCGAACCAGGUAGGGGCAGCUUAAGGAGGCGGAACGAAUCAGAAAGCGAACGUGCGCGAAGACUUGAAAUGGAAAGACAUAAUUAUCUACGACGACCUUCUGUUUCAGAUGAGGAAGUUGAAUCGAUCCAGGACUCUGCAUAUAAUUUUAAUCAUUAUUAUAGCGACGAUGAAGCGUCUAGAUAUGGUGAUAAUCGCGGACGUAGGAAAGUGACAUUUCACGACGAACAACGGUUAGGAAUGAGUCGACAGCCUUAUGGGCCAGGGCGUGGUCGCGGUCACCCAAAUGGGAGACCAAUGCAAGGGAGAGGCAUGCAGCCUGGUAUCCGCGGAGGAAUGAUGCCGCAGCAAGGACCUGGGGUGAGACCAGGAUUCCCUCCAGGUCCUCAAGCGCCGGGGCAGCCUCCUGGGAUGCGUGGUGGAUACCCCCAGCAGCAGGGAGCAAGGCAGAUGGCUCCUGGCAUGAGACCUGGAGUGCCUCACCAGCAAAUGAUGAUGCAGCAGCAGGCACCAGGUAUGGGUCGGGGUGGACCCCAAAUGAUGCAGCUAGGCCCACGACCUGGUGUUCCUCCACAACAGCAGCAGAUGCCUCAACAACCGCCGGUGUCAACUGCGGCAGGUACAGGGCGUGGAGGUACGGUACCCCCGACCCCAGCAACUGCUCCUCCGCCGAAUCCUGAUGGCACACCAAGGCCAGAGAUUAAUGGGAAGAAGAUACCACCAAGGGGCAUGCGGCCUCCUGCGGCAAAAAAGGCGGCUGCUGAAGCUGCCGCAGCAGCUGCACAAGCCGAACGAGGUGCUGGGCAGCAACAGCAGAAAACUAGUGUACCACAACAACAAGUGCAGCAGCAGCAACAACAGCAACCGCAGCAACAUUUAGACACAAGGAUGGGCGGCCAACCAUCACCACGCCCUGGUAUGCCAGGUUCUGUACAGCAACAGCAGAUGAUUGGACAGGCACCAACACACAUGGGUGGUCAUCCUGGUCAGCGCCCCAUGGGACCACAUGCACACCAACAAGGCCACCCAGGUCAACAAAUGGGAGGUCAUCCACAUCAAAUGGGAGUUCACCCACAUCAACAAAUGGGGCAGCACCCGGUUCGUCAAAUGGGGCCACACCCAGGUCAGAUGGGUAGUCACCCACAACAAAUGGGUGUUCACCCUCAACAAAUGGGUGGUCAUCCGCAACAAAUGGGUGGUCAUCCGCAACAAAUGGGUGGUCAUCCGCAACAAAUGGGUGGUCAUCCGCAACAAAUGGGUGGACCGCAACAGCAAAUGGGUGGACCGCAACAGCAGAUGGGUGGUCCGCAACAGCAAAUGGGUGGUCCGCAACAGCAAAUGGGUGGUCCGCCACAGCAAAUGGGUGGUCCGCAACAGCAAAUGGGUGGUCCGCAACAGCAAAUGGGUGGACCGCAACAACAAAUAGGUGGUCCGCCACAGCAGAUGGGUGGUCCGCAACAGCAAAUGGGUGGUCCGCCACAGCAAAUGGGUGGUCCGCCACAGCAAAUGGGUGGUCCACCCCAUAUGGCAGGGCAAAUGCCAGGACCUCAACCUAUGGGGACCCCAACUUCUGGUCGCAGGUCACAGCAAGGGUUCUCCGAACGAAGGACAGGAAUGGUUGGAUCACCUCCGAAGAUUCACAACCUUGGUCCGUCACCCCAGCAUCUUGAUGGUGGCAUGCCUCCUGGUCAAUUCACUGGGCAUGUCGACGGACGCCCAGGACUCAAUCAGGGAAUGCAGAGACCAGACCAAAGGAUGGUACCUUUUCAAAACCAAGGUAUGAAUGCUGAUGGACAGUUUAGCGAUGGUAGGUCAGGCUUUGGCCAGGGCCUCCCAGGUGGUCAGGGAUUUAGUCCUGGUUCUCAGGGUACUCCCAGUCAAGGCUACACUCCGAAUAGACUGGCCUCUCCUAGCGGGUAUGGUCCCAGCGAUAGCAGACCUGGGUCAAGCCAGCCUGGAAUGGAUAGAUUUGGACAAGGGCAGAAACCAUCCAGGUUUGGUUCACAAGGUCAAGACUUUGGUCCAGAAUCGAAACGAUCAGAUGGGCGUGAUUAUGGAUCAUCUUUCAAUGGUCGUGAUGGUAGAGAUGGUUACAGCUCGCCUCGUACUAGUAUGGAUUCGCGAGUAAGCGACGACGUGAUGGGCAAGCGGGUGGAUGAUUCGCCAGGCUUUGCUGGUGAGCAACGUGACGGCUUCAGGGAUGGGAUCGGUGACGAUAUGGUGCACAAAGAGCGACGGCCAACGCCCGAAGACAACAACAACUUGGAAUCCAGCAUAAAGUGGUCACCCCCUGAUGAUGAUAAUAAAUGUAUUGGGGAAGUUCUCCUCACUAAAGAUUCAAGAGUUCACCCAUCAGAAACAGAUCCCUCCGCUAUGUAUGGACUAAAAGUCGUUGGUGGUAAAAUGUCGGACGAUGGUAAACUCGCUGCGUUUGUAACUGAUGUUGUUCGAGGUGGACCGGCGGACCUUCAAGCAAAAUUACAAAAAGGUGAUGAAGUGUUGGAGUGGAACGAGCAAUCUUUUGUGGAUUGCACCUUUGAGGAGGUCUUAGAAAUUAUUAAUCAGCCGAUCGACACGCCUGAACUUCAUUUAGUAUUAUGUAGAGACAAGAGUAAAUUUUCCCCACAAGAUUUAGAAAGACGUGACUCGCCCUCACGGCGUUUUCCCACAAGCUCGUCAGGAUCCCCUGUAAAAAGGGACCGGACAUCGCCGCUAACAACGAUGGCGUCCCCUCAGGAUACGGGCCGGUUGAAUAUGGGCCCUGGGCCUGACACGGGUCGCUUGAAUAUGGGCCCAGGCCCAAAUACCGGACGCUUGAAUAUGGGCCCAGGUCCCGAUACCGGACGGUACAAUAUGGGUCCCGAUCGCACGAAUGACGCCAUAGGAAGUAAUAUGAAUGACCAAAGCAUCUUCGGAUCACAAGUAUCAAACGACGACUUUUUCUUUGGUGGUGGACCAGAUAAGAGUGAGGCAUCAAGAAAGCCGUCUCAAGGGAGAGUCCAGGCCAAGCUUUUCUACGACGAGGAUUCUUCAAAUCUGAACGUGACGGUGGUCGGUGCCGAGGGCCUACUUUCAAGAGAUGCACACAACCCCCCUAAUCCCUACGUUAGAAUUUAUUUCCUUCCAGACAGAAGUAUGCAGAGUAAACGUCGUACAAAAACCGCCAUGAAAACUGCUAAUCCCAAGUGGAAUCAAACGUUUGUCUAUCCGUGCAGACUACAAAAGUUUCAAGGUCGCUCAUUAGAAAUCACAGUGUGGGAUUACAAUAAAGUAGGAUCGAGUGAAUUCAUCGGCGAGGUUGUUAUCAAUAUGACUGAGGCUAAUCUUGAUGGAAAUCCAUACUGGUACAACAUGAAGUCACACGAUGAGAACGGUGAUCCCCUGAACCCACCCACACCGACUCAAUCUCCUCAGGGCUCCUUCCGCUCCAAGGGACAGAGGGGACCAGGAGAUCUUGGUCCAAUGGGAGGCUAUGGAAGCGAUUACGAGGACGACACCAUGCGCGGACAUGGCGCACCUAACGGCAUGAUCCCCGGUGGACACGGUUACUCCCCAGACAACGAGCGGCUUAAGCAACAGCAGAUGCAAAAGCAACAACAGCAGCAUCUCCAGCAACAGCUGCAGCAGCAUCAACAGCAGCAGAUGCAACACAGAGACAGUCCGCCGGACUCUUAUGGCCAGAACCAGAUGAUACAAGCGUACACCCCUCAAUACAACACGUCCGUCACAACUACUGCGCAUGGCACAACUUAUCCUUACACGGCCGCUGACCACAACAGAACGCAGCCGCGCUCCCUUCAACACCCGGGCAUCGGUAGAAUACAAGACGGGCGCAUGUCGCCGGCAGGUAUACCUGGGUAUCACACAAUGCCGGCGCAUGCGCAGUACGCUAUGGGACGAACUUCCCCUAGUCACGGCCCCCACGGGCAGAAAAAAACACGUGCCCUACCACAGUUGCCACCCGGACGAGAACCAAUGGACGAAGAAGAAAGAAUUCGCAUGGCAAAACAGAAACUUCGAGAAAUGGAAAUUGAUCGAUCGAAGCUCGUCAUAGGCGGGUCGCGAGGCAGGAUGGGAUAUGGCCAGGCGCCUGAUCACGUGUAUGGUGAAAUGCCUUACGAUCCGACCAUGUCGCCGAGGCCUGGGCGCCACUCACCUCGCAUGAGCGGGUCACCAGUCCACCAACCGCGUCCUGGACAAGGAGCCCCUCACUUGUCUCCACAAGACCGUUUGUACGUUGGUGGAAUGUUAUAUGAUGGCUUCCCAUACGAGAGUCACAGAGCAAUGUUUUCCCGCGGUCCCCCUCGCCAGCGGCGUAACAGCACAAGCAUGAUUCCUUAUACGGAGCGUGACGUCAUGCAGGGGCAGAUGGUUGCGCAACCCGCCCCUAGCCCGGUCCCCCUGGGGCAAUCUGGCAAAAGUGCCAGCAUCACUUACCUCCCCGUCACAGAGGGUGGCGAGAGAAUAUCCAAUGGUCACAUCCCAAGCAAUGGCGUCACAAGACAAGGGCCACAGCUAACCCAGCAAUCCAGGUCAGGUAGUGUUAACGAUAUCGCUGUGUUCUCAACAGGCGGUUAUCUAAAGACAUCCCGUCAGGCCAUGCGUAACGAGAUAAACUAUGGUGGCAGCGGCCGUAGCAGUCGGAGCUCCUCGAUAGCGGAUAGCGACCGCAGCGGCAGUUUGACCAGUAUUCCUGGCUCAGUGGCAAGCAGUGAAAGCGGAAGACACAGCCUCUACGCUAUCAUGAACGCAGAAAACAACAUUCCGUGGGUUCCACCAAGUCUAAAACUCGGCAACGAGGGUCAUCUAGGUGAUUUUAUUGAAGGGCUUGGUCCAUCACAGAUGGUUGGGCGCCAGGUUUUAGCAUCGCCCUCCAUGGGUGAUAUUCAAUUAGGCUUGUGCUACCGUAAGGGCGCAUUAGAAGUAGAGGUCAUACGAGCCAAGGGUCUGCUACCAAAACCGGGCACCAAGAUCCUGCCAGCUCCAUAUGUUAAAGUGUAUGUAAUGGAAGGAAAAAAGUGUAUAGCAAAGAAAAAGACUCGGACUACCCGACGGACGUUGGAGCCCUUGUACCAACAGAUGCUGGACUUUAGGGUGGAUAUCAAUGGAAAAACUCUCCAAAUCAUAGUAUGGGGCGACUAUGGCCGAAUGGACCGUAAGGUGUUCAUGGGAGUGGUGCAAAUUUUACUCGAUGACCUGGACCUUUCCAAUCUUUGUAUGGGCUGGUACAAACUCUUCUCAACCUCGUCCAUGUGCGACCCACCACUCCCCUCACCAAUGGGAGGCUCGCCUAAAAAAUCUCCAGCCCCCUCCCCUAGGUCUUCGCAUGGAUUAAGUCCCCGGAUGUCGCCUAUACCGACAAUCAUGCCGCCUCCAGGUCACAUGGGUGGUCACGGAGGUCACAUGGGAGGUCACGUGAGGGGUCACAUGGACGGUGGCUAUGACGAGCAAGAUGGGGAUUACGUGUAGGCGGAUAAUGCUGACCUUUUGAAUUGGCUGCUCUACUUCGUCGUUCCGUGGAUAUCUCGUACUUGUGAUGAAGUGUGAUUUGCUGGAGAGGAACGGACUGCGGAACGGAAAUUGAAACGCACGUGUGUUGUGUUAUGAAAUCACAAAACAUUCGAAUCGUUGUGUCAGACUACACAGGAAUACUGCAAAUGAUGAGAGCCAGCACUUUUCGAGCUGGUCGGUGUGAUAAAGAUUUUCUACGUCAAGCAACAUGCUAUAAAAGAACGUACGUUAUGUCACGUCACGCUAUGUCACGACAAGCUAUGUCACGUCAUCAAGUUUGAUACGCUCUCGACAGGCAAAUGCAGGAGAUUCCAUCUCGUCACGCCAUCUUGGUCACAAAAUCAAACGAUAUUUGUCACGCUAGUAAACUUGAUAACUCAAUUUGUGCCUGCUCAAAUGAUCAUAUCGAAGAAUUUCAAGACAACCAACGGUCAAAUCCACUAAAGAAACCGAAAUUACUCGAACACCUGGUCACGUGACAAGUUUUUUUAAAGUCAUGUCCACGAAUGACACAUCCAUGACCAAAUAAGCACAUUACAAAAUAAGGGCAGACGAAAGAUUUCUUAGAAUCCAGGUAAUAUUGUAGUAAUUAUUAGAUAGUACUCGCGUUAAGCUAUUUCGAGGACUUUGUUUUCACUGAGCAUUACAUGGAUGAAUUACCAUUGGACCAAAGUUCAUAGAAAAUUGUAAAAUAGCUCAUUUAUUAGUUCGUUUUGUAGCCCUGAACUGGCAUUUUAUAAAGUGGAAAAUUUGCUUGAUAAAGCCAAAAGGCACCUCCAGGCCUUGGUAUUAAAAAGACAAUGUAACUAGACAAUGAAUUACAUGGAAACGUUUAUGAAUUAAACAGAAAAUUGUCACCAAAUUAAUAAAUUGUGGAUUUUAAGCAACAAGAGAGCGUAGAGCGAGAAGUUACAAACCUAGGGAUAAAUUUUGUGUAUAAGUUUGCGUGAAAUGCAACUGGUAAAAGUAAAGUGAGACUGCACUUUCCCGCUUUUUUCUCAGAGUAGCGAGGAGUGAUAAAGAAAAGAGCGAUUUUCGUGCUAUCCUUAGAUCUGAUGUAGUUAUUUCUACACCUUGAAUUUUUCUCCCUCGUCUACGCCCUUUUGUUAAAAUUAUUUAAAGACCGUUUGCGGAUUCGGUGCAAACACUAUACAUAGCCUAAAAAGAGUAAGUCACCACAUUGUUAAAAAUACAGCCAGCCUCUUCCUCACUUUUGUUGCAUUUGAAAUUACAAUUAUUUCUGUAAAAGACAAACAUUAGCGAUAGAAAGCUGAUAGUUCACUAUCAAUACUUGACUUAAAGCCAGUCGAUCCGAUUUGCGUGACGCGUGGUUUUGUAGGCUAUGAAAACCCCAUGCAUGUGAAUUAAAUCCGUUUGAAUCAUGCUGAAAUUCAAUCUAUCCUACAAUAAAACAGACUCGAUUAUAUUUCUACGAUAUCAAACAACGCUGGGUAAGUUAUAUUUAUCAAAAUGAUGGGAGUUCUAAGAAUUCAAAACAAAAACAAAACAGUGUCACGCAAGCCGGAUUCACGGACUUUAAAGUUUUUUGCUAAUCCAAGCUAUAUAGCAAAUGCACAGUUAAUUUGAAAAGCUUGGAAAUUGAUGGCUUUUUUGAUGAUCUUUUUAUGGUCGCUUGAAGUAUUUGUUUGCAUCGAUACAUUGCGAUUUCAUUUCCUUUUCUUAAAAAAUAUAUAUAGGAUUCCGUUAAGGAGGAAAAAAACAUUGGUUUUACAUAGUUAUUUAAAAUUUUCAUUUGUACAUAGUAUUAGCAAACCCAAAGAGUGGCUGGCGUACAAUUUUUUUAAGCAUUUUAGACAAGUUCAAGUAGAUUUCAAUUUCCACAAGACUUGUAUUGUGCUUACUACCGAAAGCAAACUGUUAUUGGGUAGGGUAAAAUAUUAUGUUAAAAAAAUUUUCAUGUUACUAGAAAGCACAAAUGCUAUAUAAACCACAAAGCUGAAUAUAGCUUUAUUAAUUUAUAACAAAGUUUUAUAUAUCCUGUAUUUAUUUGUAUCUGUUUUAGGAGUUUUAGUUGGACAAAUUUAUCGUCUUAUUUACUCUGAGUUUAAGGUUAAAAAAUGUAAAGCAAAGGCAGAAAAUAAAUUUAUUUAUAGCGCU